AUGCCUCCCAGAAUACCCAUCCUCGCCGCCCUCCGACAACCCACCAAAUUCUUCCGCCCCCAACUCGCCAGCAUAUCAACCACCCGGCCCUCCCAAACCCUCCACCCAAACACCCCAACAACCACCUCCCAACUCCUCGACAUCGACGAAGCCAAGCCCCCGCGCGCCUCCGAAGUCUCGAACCCCACACAAGUCGCCGCGGGGAUCUACGAGGACAUCUACGACAACCUGCGGGGCACGCGCCAGCGCGCGCGCAACAUCGACGAGGAGCUGAAGCAGCGGAACCAGAACGACGAGUACUCGCGUCAGAUGACGCGGCGGUGGCGGUCGGGCGACGUGUACUCGCCGCACGACCUCAGCCCGGCCGAGAUGGGCAAGUGGCGCCGCAACCAGUCGCGGAAGAAGGACCUCGUUGACAUGUUGGGUCUGAACCCUCUUGAUAUGUAUCGCAAUUUCUCCGUCGUAUCGGAGUUCAUCACGCCGCACGGCAGGAUAAGGAGGUCGAUGGAGACGGGACUGCGCCCGCCCAACCAGAGGAAACUAGCGAAGGCGAUCCGGCGCGCCAUCGGCUUGGGCCUGCAUCCUAGUGUUCACAAGCACCCCGAGCUUCUAGUCCGCGACACGUUCAAAUUCUACGAGCAGAACGCCGUCACACCCACAAGGCCCUUCAGAUAA